AUCAUUAUUAUUAUCACAUAAUCAACCUGCACCAGUGAUGGUUGUCAUUUUCACUAUAUAUCGUCUGAAUCAAUCCAGAAAAAGUAAGAGCCAUUCAACGCUUCCUUCAUGAUUCAACCAUAUGAAAUAUCCCUUCUUAACUUAAGUAGUUGAAAAGUCACCUUUACUCCUUUAUCUUAUAUUCAAAACUUUUUUCUAUAAGGAUGAGCGACGCCCAAUAUUUGGAAGAAGAAAAAGAAAUGAUGUUAAAAAAUCCUUCCAAAAUUCAACAGCAGUUUACAAUAUGGAUUUCGGAUCUUCAUUGGAAGAAGUUACUGUUAAUACUCCCACCUAUGUUUCUCAUUGUUUAUAUAUCUUUCUCUUCAAAAAUUUCCCCAUUUAGCACUACUUCUGUUGUUAAUUCUGGGUCGAUAUUUCCGGCGAGUAUUACGAAGGACGAGUUGGAUCGGUCGAGAAUCGCUGUGUGUUUAGUGGGUGGGGCCCGUAGGUUUGAACUCACUGGGCCUUCUAUUAUCCAGAAAAUUCUAAAAGUUUAUCCGAAUUCUGAUCUUUUUCUCCAUAGUCCUUUGGAUUCUAAGGCCUAUAAGCUCUCCUUGUUGAAGGCUACUCCUAGAAUUGCUGCCGUUAAGAUUUUCCGGCCACAGCCCAUACCGGAAACUGAGUCACAACUCCGAGUUCUCACUGCUCAAAACUCACCUAAUGGCAUACAGGGGUUGCUGCAAUAUUUCAACCUGGUAGAAGGUUGUUUGACGAUGAUCCAGGCUUACCAAAAGCAGAACAACUUCACUUAUGACUGGAUAAUCCGGACAAGAGUUGAUGGCUACUGGUCAGCAAAACUAGCCCCCGACAACUUCAUUCCCGGUCACUACCUUGUUCCUCCAGGUUCCUCCUACGGUGGCUUAAACGAUCGGUUUGGUGUUGGCGACUACAAUACAUCAGUGGUUGCUCUGUCAAGGCUCUCCAUGAUUUCCCAACUGGAUUCAGCAGGAUAUCGUCUCCUCAACUCAGAAACUGCCUUCAGAGCCCAACUUACCACUCAACAAGUUCCCUACCAAACUAUGCGCCUACCCUUUUGUGUUGUGACGGAUCGUCAAUACGAAUUUCCACCCUCCCACUAUGGUGUUCCGGUUGCAGCGCUUUCUAGUCGAGGCCCUUUAAGCGGGGCCAAGUGUCGGCCUUGCAAGCCUGCAUGCACCGGCUCAUGCAUUGAGCAAGUCAUGAAUGGACUAGAUAAAGGAUGGAGUUGGACGGAUUGGGCUAAUAACUCGCUCGAGCUCUGUGAUGCUCAUACUGAAUGGGAGAGCGGGUGGGAGAAAAUAUUUGAUGGAGUGGCUGGUAAAAAACUUGCUGCAGCUAGAAGCCGAAUUGAAGGUUUAGAAUUGGAUCAGUGUGUGAACGAUUUUGCUGAGAUGAAGAACAAGACAGCUCAAUGGGAGGCUCCACCAGGGUCUGAAAUUUGUAGCUUAGGUUUAUUGGAGUCUUCCUGAAAUUAAACCCACACGAUAUUCUACAAGGAUCAUGUAAAGUUUCUUAACCACCUUGGGAGUUUUAUAUUGUUUGAUUUCUUGAAAAAAUCCUUGUACACAUAGCAGGAUUUUGAAUAACGUUUAACUGAUAGUAGUAUUAGUUCUAUAGAGAAAUGAAUACAGAACAGGGGAAAAAGCAGCAUCUUUAUUUCGUUACCUA